AUGAGUGCAUGUUUGGAUGAUCUCAUCACAUGGAUGAAUUCACUGGAUGAUGAGGAGGAAGUGAAGUUGAUUGAUGUUUUUUCGGGUCGAAACAUCGCAGAAACAUUAUACAAGAUCGAUCCAUUAUUUUUUAAUGAGAAUUGGCUGAGUAAAAUAUCACAUUACGAUCAAAUGGCUAACUGGAGGUUGAAAGCAAAUAAUUUACGAAAAAUUUAUCGUCGAUUGUCGGAAUACUACACAGAUCAAUUAGGAGCGGAGUUAACACCAGAAUGGCUUAUUGACACAUCGCGGAUAGCGGAACAUGGUGAUUCGGAACUGUUAUGUCGAUUAUUGCAACUUGUCCUUGGAGCUGCACUACUUUGUGCAAAUAAUGAAAAAUUUAUACGUCUUUUAAUGGGUCAAAGGGAAUCUGUGCAAAGGACAGCUAUGAAUAUCAUGAGGGAAAUUAAGGAAUUAGUGACGGAGCCAUCAGAAGAAAAAGUAAAAACAGCUGAGACGUCGAGCUCCGAACCGAUAGAAUCGAAAGAACAGGUGGUCAAUUUGGAGGUUAAGGUAGAAAGUUUGAAGCAGGAAUGCACGCAGCUUAACGAAAAGUUGAAAGAAGCAUGUACCGAAAGGGAGGCACUGUCUAGUGACAAUGAAAGUUUGAGACUACGCGUUGAUGAAUUAAACGAAGUAUCUGUUGAAAUAGAGUCGUUACGGAAACAGAUUCGUUCAUUGCGUUCCGUUCGUGAAAGCACUCAGGAUGCACUUUAUAAAGCUGAAGCUGAACGUGAUCAUCUGAAAAAAUUAAAUCUGCAGUUACUUGAUGAAAAUGAGGAAUUUCGAACAAAGAUCCAAGAUAUGGCGCCAAUGGAGGCAGAAUUCAAGCGACUGAAGGAUGAACUCGAAGAACAUCGACUUCUUGUGCAGAAGUAUGAAAAGCUUGACACGCAAAUCAUUAACUACAAAACCAAACUGAAAGAAUGGAAGACACAAAAAAUUGAAGUAAAAGUACUAGAAGAUAAAGUCGCUACAUACAUGAAAAGUGUCAUAGCGCUCGAGGAUGAACAACGUAAAAAUGGUGUGCUGAAGACUCAGAUCGAAUCGUUGCGAUUGGAGAAUUCGGAGUUGGGAAUAAGACUGAAUGGUGAAAUUAGACGAGCUGAUAAGGCUGAAUUCGAGUUCGGAAAAUUAAAUGAACGAAUUAGUGAAAUUGAAAAGGAAAACGAGUAUCUUCGGCAGGAACGACAUGAACUCAGUCAACAACUCCUUUUUCAUGAAAAUGGGAGUAGUGCACCGUCAUUGCACGAUGAAACAAUUGACGCUAAUUCAACCGCUCAUUUGAGGGAACGAAUCAUUCGGUUGGAAGCGGAAAAAGAACGUUUGCUAGCUGAAAGUAUGACGGAUGACAAAAAGCAGAGUUUGAUGAAAGAAAUUAGUUCAUUGUCUCUUCAGAAAACAACUUUGGAAACGGAGCUCAAAUUGGCGCAAAAUAAAAGGGAUGAGUUGGAGAAACGAUUGGAAGAAUUAAACGCUAUAAUUGAAUCCGGUAACUAUGUGAACAGUAAUCGGUUGACAGAGGAGCAGACAGCAAAUGAACGGAUGGUUAUUCAAAUAGCACAGCUUGAAGCGAGACUCAAACAAGCAACGUAUGAUCUGGAACAACAGAUGGCUGAUAAGAAAGCAUUAAGUGAAGAAUUGGCAUUGUCAAAGCAACAAGUGAAGGAUGAAAAAGACAGGUUGACGCAUUAUAUGGAAAAAGCACGCCGUAUGAUUGAAGAUUUGGAAGAACAGAAUCAGGCUGUUGAAGGUGGUGCACUGAGCAGGCAUGAAUUUGAUUCAAUUCGUCGUGAAAGGGACGUAUACAAACAAAAUAUUGAAACACUGAAAGAAAGUCAUGAACGUAGCCGUACGAUGCAGGAAGAAGAACAGCGACUGUUUACAACUCAUGCUUAUUAUAUGAUGAUGCAACUACAGCAGCAAAAUUCUUCAGUCAGGGAACAUUCCGACGAAAAAAGCUUCUUGACACGGCAACGACAAUGUAGUAAUUUCAAUAUUAUGAGGUGA